CCCGUAAUAAUUUGAGGACGUCAUACUAUCAUAGGAUUUGGAAGGGCUGCAUUUGGUUUCUCUCUCCCUUCUCUCAUUACUACCCUUCUGCAACUAUCUGGGCAACUUUCCUACUCUAAUCAAAUCUAGGCCAGGGUUCCUUUUUUCUUUUCUUAUUUUUAUGCCUAACUUUAUUUCCAUUUUCCUCCCAAUCAUUCCAAAUAAAUGCUUUAAAGCCCCGCGGUCCCCAACCGAUUUUAUAAAAAAAGAUUUUUUUUCUUUUUUUGGUUGAUGUUAUGGCUUCUUAUACCACCGGCACUCAUCAUCAAGAUCAGAUUCACCGCUCCGACGAAAAUAGGGACGACGCCGGCGUGCCGGAGAGUUCCUCCGCUGCAACCCGGCGGGCCCGCGGAAGGCCCACCGGAUCCAAGAACAAGCCGAAGCCGCCGGUGAUUAUCUCCCGGGAGAGCGCCAACGCACUCAAAGCGCACAUCUUUGAGGUCGGCACCGGCUGCGACGUGUACGGCUGCUUGGCUGAGUAUGCGCGGCGGCGGCAGCGCGGGAUUUGCGUGAUGAGCGGCACCGGGGCGGUGGCGAACGUCACGUUCCGGCGGGGCACGGGGGCGACACUGCACGGGAGGUUUGAGAUACUCUCGAUGUCUGGGUCUUUCCUGCCGGCGCCAGCGCCGCCGGGUGCCACCAGUCUCAGUGUGUAUCUGGCGGGUGGCCAAGGCCAGGUGGUUGGCGGCAGCGUGGCGGGAGAGCUCGUCGCCGCCGGCCCGGUCAUUAUAAUCGGAGCCUCCUUUGCGAAUGCCGCCUACGAGAGGCUGCCGCUGGAGGGGGAAGAGACGCUGCCGCAUCAGGUUCUGGCAUCGGGGUCAUCUCAAAGCUCCGGCGGCGGCGGCGCCGCAUACGACCACCCAUUUCAAGACCCCACUUCUUCCGGUUUCGCAUUCUUCAACAUGCCUCCCUUCGGAAUGUAAUCCGAGUACUGGACAUGUUUGGUGAAGUAUAAAGAUAUUGUGUAUAG